AUGUUGCGAACAUCGAUUCGAUCCGUGAGGGUGCUCGGCCACAGGCCUGCGGCGGCCGUCGUUGGCCGCCAAUGGCAGGUCGCUGCCGCCCGCCGGAGACACUUUGCCGACGACAAGAAACCUGACCCGUCCCGACCAGCCGCCCUGCCGACCACAGAGACCAUCACGUCCGAGAAGAGCGAAGUCCCCGAGGUCCGGUUCGUCGAGCCGUCGAUCCCGAAGGAAGACGUCCCCCUCACGCCCCCGACCCCGAACACCGUUGUCCCCGAGACAGAGGCUGCCGCGCCUCCGCCGCUGUCGCCCGCAGACGCUGCCCCGAAGAAGAAGGGCUUCUUCCGCCGACUGAGGAACCUCGUCUUGACCCUUGCCAUCCUCGGGGCCGUCGGCUUCGGCGGCGGCGUGUGGUACUCGCGCAUCAAUGACAACUUCCACGACUUCUUCACCGAGUUUGUUCCCUUUGGCGAGCAGGCCGUCCUCUACUUCGAGGAGGCAGACUUCCGCAAGCGGUUCCCCAACAUUUCGAACAAGCUCAAGGGAAGAGACACGGGCAGCCAGGUCAACAUCCCCGCCCAGAGCGGCGCGUCCUGGCGGGUGGCCGACAACGGCGAGCCCGCCAGCCGCCAGUCGAGCGCCGUUGACAAAAAGGCCUCUGCCAAGGUCAUCGCUGUCAAGGAGGAGCAGAACAACCCGGUCGAGAAGCCCAAGGCGGCGACGGAGGCUCCCAAGCCCACACCCGUAGCCGCGCCCGAGCCCGUCAAGGAGGCUAAGCCUGCCGCCGCGGUCAAGAAGGAGGACGCGGCCGGAUUCAAGGCGCCCGAGGUCAAUGAGCCCUCGCGAUUCCCCCCCAUCGCGCCGAUCGACCCUCUGAAGAUCGAAGACGCGACCGAGCCGGUGGUUCAAGACCUUGUCCGCAUGCUCAACGACAUUAUCACCGUCAUCAACGCCGACAAGGCCCACGGCCGCUAUUCCCCUACCAUCUCCAAGGCCAAGGGCGAGCUGAGCAAGGUGGGCAGCAAGAUUAAGGCCAUCAAGUCAUCGGUCGAGGAGAAGGCGGCUUCCGAGGUGCAAGCCAAGGUUGCCGACUUUGACAAGGCCGCCAACGACCUCAUCGCGCGUGUCGAGUCAGCCAUGGUCGUGCAGGAGACGCAGUGGAGGAAGGAGUUUGAGGAGGAGAUGCAAAAGGUCAAGGCGAGCUACGACGAGCGCGUCAAGCUCGUGCUGGAGCGCGAGAAGCAGCUUAACGAGGAGCGUCUUAACAACCAGCUGCUGGAGCAGGCGCUCGCCCUGAAGAAGGAGUUCGUCUCGGAGGUGCAGAACCACGUGGAGGCGGAGCGCGAGGGCCGGCUCGGCAAGCUGGACAAGCUGUCGACGGCCGUGGCGGAGCUCGAGAAGCUCACCACGGGCUGGAACGAGGUGGUGGACACCAACCUCCGCACGCAGCAGCUCCAUGUGGCCGUCGAUGCCGUCCGCGCCAGCCUCGAGAACGCCACGCACCCCAGGCCCUUUACGCGCGAGCUCGUGGCCCUCAAGGAGAUUGCGGCCGAGGACCCCGUCGUCAACGCAGCGAUCGCGUCCAUCAACCCGUCCGCCUACCAGCGCGGCCUCUCCAACGCGGCGCAGCUCAUUGACCGGUUCCGGAUAGUGGCCAACGAGGUGCGCAAGGCGUCCCUCCUCCCCGAGGAGGCGGGCGUCGCCAGCCACGCGUCGAGCUACCUCCUCAGCAAGGUCAUGUUCAAGAAGCAGGGUCUGGCCGACGGCGACGACGUUGAGAGCAUCCUGACGCGCACGCAGACGCUCCUGGAGGAGGGCAACCUGGACGCUGCCGCCCGUGAGAUGAAUGGUCUUCAGGGCUGGGCGAAGACGCUGAGCAGAGACUGGCUCGGCGAGGUGAGGAAGGUCCUCGAGGUUCAGCAAGCGCUUGAUGAUGCCGUCGACGCAUUGAACACACUGCAGACGCCCUUCGCCGUCAUCGAGGCGAGGCGUAAGGCCGGCAUCCGACCCGACGAGGCUUCGGUCAAGGAGAUGCGCGCAUACCUCGCGCGCGUUGGGUACUCGAUUCCCGACCUCGACCGCCUCAACGUCAUCCACGUCGCCGGCACCAAGGGCAAGGGCAGCACGUGUGCCUUCACCGACUCGAUCCUCGCGCGCCAUCGCGCCGCGUCCCCGUCGUCCGUCCCGCGCAAGGUCGGCUUGCUCAUCUCGCCGCACCUGAUCGCCGUGCGCGAGCGCAUCCGCAUCAACGGCGCGCCACUCUCCGAGGCGCUCUUCGCGCGCUACUUCUUCGAGGUCUGGGACCGCCUGGGCGAGAGCCGGGCAGAGGAGGACGCCGUGGCGCUGGGCACGCGGCCCAUCUACUCGCGAUACCUGACCCUCGUGGCCUUGCACGCCUUCGUGCGGGAGGGGUGCGACGUGGCGAUCCUCGAGACGGGCAUUGGCGGCGAGUAUGACGCGACUAACGUCGUGGCGCGGCCGGUGGCGACGGGCAUCACGACGCUGGGCAUCGACCACGUCUUUGCGCUCGGCGACACGGUCGGCAAGAUCGCGUGGCACAAGGCGGGCAUCAUGAAGCGUGGUAGCAAGGCCUUUUCUGUCGAGCAGGUGCCGGAGGCGCAGGACGUGCUGGAAGCCAGGGCGUGGGAGAAGGGCGUCGAGAUGGAGACUGUGGUCGUCGACCCGAGGCUCGAGGGCGUCAAGAUCCGGCCGGACGCAACGUUCCAGAAGAGAAACGCGAGCCUAGCCAUCCGGCUCGCCGAGGCGGCGCUCGAGAGGGUCGACCCGGACGGGUUCCGGCGUGGCGACGCUGCCGAGAAACUACCAAAGGCCUUUGUCGAAGGGUUGGAGCAGGUCGUCUGGCGUGGGCGGUGCGAGGUCAAGGACGAGGGCCGGGUCGUGUGGCACGUCGACGGCGCGCACACUACGGACAGCCUGCGAGUGGCGGCGCGGUGGUUCGCCGACGAGACGGCGGCAAAGGGGAGAAGGGGGCCGAGGGCGCUGGUGUUCAACCAGCAAGGUCGGACCGAGGCCAUCGAUUUCCUAGACGGUGUGUACGAGGGGGUCAAGAGAGGGGAUGGGAGCGGCGCGUUCGACACGGUCGUGUUCUGCACGAAUGUCACGUAUGCCCAGACGGGGUACAAGCGGGACUUUGUCAAUCACCAGUACGACGCCAAGGCCAUCGAGGCGAUGACGGUGCAGCGGCAGUUCGCGGAGCGGUGGGCGAAGCUGGACCCGGCGGCCGACGUGCGCGUCGUGCCGACUAUCGAGGAGGCGCUGGACCUCGUCCGCGGCGUGGGCGAGGGCGUCGCCGAGGGCGAGAGCGUGCAGGCCCUCGUGACGGGGAGCCUGCACCUCGUGGGCGGCGCGCUGGGGAUUCUCGAGGGGGCGGACGCCCUGUAA